AGCUUUUUAUAGAAUCAAGUAAAUGAUUCAAUGACCCAGUCAACGCAUCGCCACCGUAGCGUUGUAAAAACAACUGAACAGAUUCAAAAGCUUCGAUUCAUUGGGUUGAAUCAAAAUCCCUAAAACCGCUAACAAACACCUGUCAACCAUCAGAGUAACUGAUGAGUUUACGUUAGGUAAAGUUUGGGAGUUUAUUUUUAUUUGUUGGUCGGAGGGCCAACCUAAAAAACAAAUACUCUAAAAUGGUACGUGCACUUGGCCAAGAUCGUAAAAACAAAAUCAAACCGCUGAAAGGAAACGCCAUUGGCAACAAUCUGGUCGCAAAGCGAACAAUACUGACUGACCAGCCUCACUCAACGGUCAACAAAAGCAAAGCUCAGCCUUACACACGAUGUUUUGAACAACCAUUCAAACGCUUCAAAUUCGCGCUGCAGUCCAGUUGGAGAAGCGACACCAGGAAACCUCUUACCAACAGUCAUUCUGUAGAUGCGUUGUCCAGUAAUGCAGACGAGGAGACCAUAAAUAGAGUGGAAGACAGCUUGAUGGAUACAGAAUAUGAAGAUAUUUUUUCAUCUUUUGACACGGAUACUUUUGUGGAUCACAAGAAAAGCACUUUUAAGGAAUUUAUUGAUGACUCGUGUCCAGAAACACAACACAACGUAACACAACGAAAAUAUCGAAUGAGAGAUGAGUUUGGAAACGUCGUCCAACGUGUCGGAGUUAAAAAGAAACAUGUUGCACAGACAAUGAACAGUCUUACGCUCAACAUUAGAUGUUUUAAAGUUGGAACGCUGACCAAGACAAUCAGAAGAUCUGAUCCUCUGACUGUUCAAUGCACUUUUACAGUGGAUUACAUUGAGGUUGCAAAAGGACGAAUAGAAGCAUCAAAUGUGAUCGCUUGUGAAUUGUGCACCGUGAAGAAGCUGCCGUCCCUGUUUCUACACACAACACCUGAGAUAUGCCUUUACCUGCAGGUCCAGCUUGACAUGUUUGAAGAUGAUUCAAGUGUGUGGUGUGACUGCCAGAGCAAGAAUGAAAAGAAAUAUGUUGUCCUCAUGUUUGAGAAUGAACUCACACUCCCAGAGCAAAUCAGACUUGAGGAAAUAUUCACAGAGAUGAGCAAGUGUUAUAACAUCAGCUGUGUUCCAGUUAAGUUGUCACUCGAAGAAGCCAGUAACCGACUGAAGUCACACAACUGUGCCCAAAAACAGAAGAUCGCCUUGCUUAAUUUUGAAGAGGAUGAUCUUCCUGUCAUGCGUCAGCAGGCCUUGGUGCCAUUUUUGCCCUCUCCUGAUGCCCCUCGAUGUGAAAUUGCAACCCUCAGUGUCUCAGACAGUGAUGAGGACGAUUUGAUAGAGCUCCCUUCAUCGCCCAAAAAGGAAAUCAAAAAACUGGUUGUGUACCCACCUCCUCCAGCUAAAGGAGGUCUAACUAUCACAGAAGAGGACCUCAACUGUCUUGAGGAAGGCGAAUUCCUAAAUGACGUGAUUUUGGACUUCUAUCUAAGGUAUUUGGUCUGCGAGCAGCAGGAAAAGGAGGACGCCAUCAAGUGCCAUGUGUUCAGUUCAUUCUUCUUCAAUCAUCUCACUCAGGAGGAUCCCAAAAGGCUUCCGAGAGCUACAGAUUUAUCCAUUCAGGAGCGCCGGCAUAAUCGGGUGAAAACGUGGACCAGGAAUGUCAACCUUUUUGAGAAGGACUUUAUAUUUGUCCCGAUUAAUCAAAUGGCUCACUGGUACCUGGCUGUCAUCUGUUUUCCUGGCAAGAUUUCACAGACCAGUGAUUUGGAUCUUCGCCUCAAUGGGCGAAGGCAGUCUGUGGAGUAUCUUUUUGAUCAAUCUCCCCCAAAUCCCAUGUCCCUCUUCUACUCUCCAGAACCCUCAAAGCAGUUCUCCAGUUGGAGUCAAUCCAUAGAUGACUUGGAGCAGAGUUUCUGCUUCCUUUCAGAUGUAGAGGCUGAGGAUGAUGUUCAGGCUGUCAAGAACAGAUCUGUCCUUAACAGUGUCUCUAAACAGCCAUGCAUUCUCAUCAUGGACUCCCUCACCUCCAGUGGAAGAUCAUCAGUGGUGCAGAUACUCCAAGAAUACUUACAAGAGGAAUGGAAGGUCAAAAUGGGCUCUCAGCAGAGUUUUGGAAAGGAAGUGAUGAAAGGAUGGAGUCCCCUCGUCCUACAGCAGGAUAACUUCACAGACUGUGGCAUCUACGUCCUACAGUAUGUAGAGAGCUUCCUCAAGGACCCACCACAAACUUUCCAUAACAACAUGGACCUGAAUAGCUGGUUUUCAAGGAGGACCGUGAAGAGGAAGAGGGGGCAAAUCAAACAGCUCAUUAUCAGACUACAUAGGCAGCAAACAGCUUAAGUUUUUUUUGUUUUUUUUUUUGAGGUCACGCUUCCUACAGACCAUUUCAUGUUACUACAAUCUCAACCUUUUCCUAUAGGAAAUUUCCUAAAAUUUACAAAAGAAAAUUGCUGCUUUAAAUGAAUAAUAUUACAAUGAAUAAGUUAUUUGCUUUGGAAAUGGAUGAUUUGUUCAUGAAAUUCAAUAAAAUAAUGUGUGUAAAUAGAAUAAAAAUAAAAGGACCUGUUGCUGAAUCU